GUACGCACAGCGAGAAAGACGACCAUGGCUGAUAUUUCGAACGAAGAACUUCGUAAAGAAAUCACCGCUAUCCUUAAGGAUGCAGAUCUUACUACUAUGUCAGCUAAGAAAGUAAGGCUACAAAUUGAAGGAAAACUUGAUAUAGACCUUACUGAAAGGAAAAAGGAAGUAGACAAUUUAGUCAUGGAGUGUUUACAAGAAAAACAAGAUGGAGCAAAGAAAAAGAAGAAGACCGCUAGUGAAGAAUCUGAAGAUGGUGAAGAAGAGGAAGAAGAAGGAUCAGAAGAAGAAGAAGAGGAAGAAGAAAAAAAGCCAGCCAAAAGGAGUCCUGCAAAGAAACAAAUUAAUAAACGUAAGAAAGGAUCUUCUGAUGAUGAAGAAAGUGCAAGUGAUGAUGAUGCUAGUGAUGAAGAAUAUAAUCCAAAGAAACCAAAGGCAACACCUAAAAAAAAUAAGCCUGGCAAGAAGGGAAAAAAGAAGGGUAGUGACAGCGACAGUGAUGAAGAUUGGGGUAAAGUUAAGAAAGCUCAGGGUGGAGGAGCAAAGAAAGGUGGUGGAGGUAAAGCUAAAGGCGGAUAUACUCGUGCUAUCACAUUGUCUCCGGAACUUGCUGCUGUUGUUGGUGCUGAACAAAUGGCUCGACAUGAAGUUGUGAAAAAGAUUUGGAGUAUCAUUAAAGAAAGGAAUCUUUAUGAUCCUAAAAAUAAGCAAUACGCACUCUGCGAUGAUGAAUUAUUGAAAGUAAUUGGAGUAAAACGUUUUAGAACUUUUGGUAUGAUGAAGUACCUCAAAAAUCACUUUGUAGAUUAAAUCAUCCUCGAACCACGAAUUCUAACAGGUUAUAAACAUUGUAUAACGUAUUCCAAGAUGCAAAGUGCAUCUUUCCAUCUUUCUCACACGAUACAUAAAUAUACAUACAUACAAACACAAACAUAUUUCUUGCGACUUAAGACUUUAGCCAUGUUUACAUCAUUCCGAUAAACUCUGUUGUCCAUGGUAGCUGCUUUAUCUUAUUGAAUAUAAUCUUAUAUUCGCGAUGUAGCAUCUUAAUUUAUGGGCAUUAUUAAAAGCGCGGCUCGUUAACAUUGUUAAAAGCUGCCCAAAAUGUGUAUGCAAAUGAUGACCCACAAGUAGGAAUCUAUAUAGAUUUGAUCAAUGUCACGAUGAUAUAAAAAGGAAGGGUUGAUACCAUGGACGUGCGGAUGAUUUCGAAAUGUGGAAAACAUUAAAAUGGCCAAUAGUCAAUAAGCUGGUUUUAAGUCAAUGUAUUCAAAGUUAAUGUUUUAUCGUUUGCCUGGUGGUUCUUGUAAACAAUCCUUUUUCACCAAGCAUGAAAAUACGGUGUGCCAUUGUGGCAGUAAAAAGUGAAGCAGUAAAAACUGUUUUAAAUUUUUUUAAAAUGAAUUUUGUUUUUUUUUUUUUAUUUUAUUACGUGACAGUUAAAAAUUGAAGUAGAUUAAAUACUUAGAUUAAAUAAAAUAAUAUUAAUAAUGAUAGCUGAUUGCGGUAAUGCUUAAUUUUUUUUUCUAAUUUUUUUUUCUUUUUUUUUUUUUUUUUUCUAAAUCACUAUUGCCGCCCAAAAAUCACACGAUAUUUUCAUCUUUUUAUUUUAAUAUUGGUUACUUUCUGAAAAUGGAUGUAACAAAGGGACAAUUUUUCAAACAAAGGAGAGAAAGAGAGAAUGGGAAGAGAUAUGUGGUAAGUUAAAAAAAAAAAGUAUGAUAAGAAUUAAGAGAACGACGAUGCGAAAAAUCAACAUCCUGUACCUCUUCUGUAUAAUUGUUACAUUAUACACUGAAAUUAUUAUUAAGCGAAAUUUAAUUGUAUUAUCGUGUAAUUACUAAUUAUUGUCGUAAUAUAGGUUUCUUGGUGUAAAAAAUUGACCUAACUCUUAAGAUUUAAUGGUAAAGUGAUGUAUUCAGUAAAAGUAUGAUGCAUGCAUAUUAAAGAUCACAGUAUGCGCAGCAUUGCGCAAUGUUGAAUUGUAGAAAGUAAGAUAGAUUGAUGAUGCGAGAUGCGGAAUCCUAGUGUGGAUAUACACAUCUCGUUGUAUGGAAAAAUUUGUGUAUUUUGAAUAUAAAUUAAUGAAUGCUGGCCUAAAUUAAUGGAAGCCACGAAGAAAUCAUUGCAAACAUUUGACGAUAAUGAAAAUAUUACGCGUGUUACGAAGUAAAUUAUAAUAAUAGCAGUUUGUUUUCUAAAUGAAAAAAAAAGUACAGGUUAUGCCAAGAUAUUUCGUGAAUGUAUUUGAAAACAUCAUUAAAAAGAUAUUGCUUUCA